AUGAUACAGUUUUGCGACUUGAUGAAAUUACAUGAAGAAAUUGUGAUUCAACGAUACAUUGAUAAAUGUAUUAUAUUUCAUGGUACAUCUAUAUUUAUUUUCUACUGGCUUACAUUCACAGCUAUCGCAGUGAUACCUGCUUUAGAGCAUCAACCAUUUCCAACAGCUGCCGAAUAUCCAUUUGAUGUAUCGUAUCAACCGUUAAAAACAAUAAUUUUUAUACAACAAUCUAUCGCCGGAAUAAUAGUAGCAGGACAACUAUGCAUAAAUGUUUAUAUGGCUCUGUUGCUGUGGUUUGCAUCGGCAAGAUUUGAAAUGCUGACUAAAGAACUAGAAAAAACUACAAAUGUCUAUCAGUUGUUCAAAUGUAUUAAAAAACAUCAAAAAUUACUCAAAUACGCAAAGGAAGUUACAAUUUGUGCUGGUCCUUUCGCAUUUAUAACUAUAUGUUGUAGCUCGAUUGGCUUAAUAGUAAUAUUUCUUUUGUUCAUUAGUCAUCAACCUAUAUUGCUAAUAUUCCAGUUUUUUGGAAUGGGUAUAAUAGGUAUAUCAGAAGUAUUUAUGUAUACUUGGCCAGCAGAACAUUUAAUGUAUAUGAGCAAAUAUGUCGCAGAAACAACAUUUCAUAUGCUCGAAAACAAUCAUUUAAUUAAAAUGUGGAAAUGUCUACAAAUUAUUAUAAUGAGAAGUCAAAAACCAGUAACAGUUUCAAUGCCUUGCUUUCUGCCCAUAUUAUCCCUUAAUUACUUUACAUCGUAUCUUUCAACUAUACUCUCCUAUUUUACUUCACUACGAGUAAUGAUGGACAAUGAUAACAAUUAA